CUCUCUCUCAGUUGUUUUUCUUCUUCUUUCUCGCUCUUGUUUAAUGGUGGAUUUUCUACUGUACUCGACCGUAUAUAUAUACUAUUAAAACCGUAUAAAUGAAAACCCAUUUCAUUUCUUUUCCAUUCCUUCCCCAUCUCCUCAUCUUCUCCUUUGCAUGCUCCACCAACUCUUCUCAGAAAAAAUCCCAAAUGAAAUGUACAUGAAAUGCAAUUGAAUUUCACCAUCGUCAUCUUCUCCAUUCCCAAUCCAUCAGUUUGUUGAAAAAGAAAAAUCUCAUCUGAUUCAAUGGUUUUACAGCCUCUCUGGAUUGGUUUCUGAUGUGGGUGGUUGGAUUUCUUGAUAUUGGUUUUUGAUUUUUUUGGUCUUUUCUGUCUGUUGUUCUUGUUUGGAAGAUCGAAAGAAGUUGGAGAAAUUUGAAAAAAGAAGGAAGAAAGAUGAAGCUAGAGAAGCCAGAUGAUGAUGAGUUUGAGAUGCUGUUGGAGGAGAUCCCUCAUGCAACAUCUCACCACCAGCAUCAUCAUCAUCAUCAUCAUGACCAUCAACAACAACAACAACAUCACCAUCAACAUGAACAUAAUCAUCAUGUGCAUGUUCUUGAUGGACAUGGUCAUUCUGGGCAUGCUCAUCAUGGCCAUGGUCAUGUCUCUAGUCCUAAGACAAUUCCUGGCGUGUGUGAUGAUGACCCGAUAUCAUGUCAUGGGCAUGUUCAUGAUGGACAUGCUCACUCUGGGCAUGCCCAUAAUAGCCAUGGCCAUGGCUAUGGCUCCAGUCCUGUUCAGGCAAUUCAUGGCAUGUAUGAUGAUGACCCAUCUUGUCAUGGGUAUGUAUGUGUCUCCCCUGUCAGCGGAGUCUCCCUCCGUUCUGAGGUCUCCUCGUCGAGCUCUCUCUCUGGAAGGCUCUCCCCCGAUGACGGCGGAUCGCCACCGCCCCCUGCAAUCAAAUACCAAACCCCACUGAGGAAAACCCAAUACCCAAAUGGGUUCUGGCCGUCGCGGGAAUCGGAAACGCCUGAUUACUCUGCUGGGAAGAAUGUCAACACGAGCUUCACCGGCGAAUUGGGUUUGUCCGACAAGCUCUGGAAAAUGUGUAUUAGAGACGGAGUAGAAGAUGCGUCGAGAUUGGGAAACACUGCCCGCCCGUAUGGAACACAGUUCACUGACUUCCCUUUGGGUGGGGGUGGGGCUGAGCAUGGCAAUGUUGUAAUGAAGAGUCCAUUUGGAGAUUGCAGGAAUGGUUUUUCUAAUGAUUAUGGACAGCUCCGAUGCUUGGGUGUUCCGAAUUCUCCCCUCUUUGAUGAGGAGAUGAGGCGGUCGAUGCUGGGAUUGCAGCAGCAGCAGCAGCAACAACAUCGAAUAGGUAAUUUAUCACGGUCAUGUCUCCCAUCCCAUUGGCCGGAUGUUCCUUUAUAUCCGGGUCAGUAUAUGGACUCGAUGAAUUAUCCAUGGAAGCAACCUAAAGAGCAUCUGAGCGUUGAAGCCUUGAGUAAUUUGCGGUCUCAUUCCGAGGCUGCUUUCGGUAGGAACUGUUACAACAGGGAAAUUCAUGCCCCGAACGCUGCCCCUUCUAUAAACAGGCCUUCCAUUGCAGAAAUGUUUUUCCACUCACAGCGAAAUGGAAUUGAUUCCAGUGGAGACUUGGGCAGGUUGGAUUAUCCAAGUUCGCCAUAUGCCCCACUCCCAAAGGUGGCUUCAGGUGUCGGAAAUCCACUACAUUAUAACUCACCUAUGUUCAGUGAUAGGGCCGGGUGGUUCCCGAACGAUUGGGCUCCACAAUCUCAUCCGUCUAUGAGAAGUGUGCCGGAGUUGGAGGCUUUUACUUGCGAGGAUAAUUUAAUAAUACAGGGUAAGGAUUUUAAUUACAGGAUAAAUGACAAACAAGAUCUUUCGAGGGAAUACCAAAGCUGGCAGCAUGAUGAUAUUGGCCGUGCACGCUCAAUAGAUAAGAACUCUGAGUUGGAUGGCCGAACGCGUUCUACUGGAAUUCCAUCAGGGAAUUCUGAGAUUGGACGCAGCCCACGCUCUCCAAUUCUGCCGCUGAAGUAUAAUUCGCUGAUGGAAGUUGAAGGAUAUAUUUACUUGAUUGCGAAAGAUCAGCAUGGUUGUCGGUUCUUGCAGCGGAAAUUUGAUGAGGGGACUCCCCAAGAUGUGCAGAUGAUAUUCAAUGAGAUCAUCAACAAUGUUGUUGAACUUAUGAUGAAUCCAUUCGGGAACUAUCUCAUGCAGAAGCUGCUGGACGUUUGCACUGAAGAACAGAGAAUGCAGAUUCUCCUUGUGGCGACGGCAGAGCCGGGCGAGCUUGUUAGAAUAUCUUUAAACACGCAUGGCACCCGUGCAGUUCAGAAGCUUAUAGAGACUCUCAAAACCCGGCAGCAAAUUUCUUUGGUUAUUUCAGCCCUUGAACCAGGUUUCCUUGAUCUCAUCAAGGACCUGAAUGGGAAUCACGUGGUCCAGCGAUGCUUGCAAUGCCUUAGUGCUGAAGAUAAUAAGUUCAUUUUUUAUGCUGCUGCAAAGUAUUGUGUUGAUAUUGCUACUCAUCGCCAUGGAUGUUGUGUUCUGCAACGCUGCAUUGCUUAUUCAACUGGAGUGCAUAGAGAAAACUUGGUAGCAGAAAUUUCAGCUAAUGGGCUUCUCCUUGCUCAAGAUCCUUUCGGAAAUUAUGUGGUCCAAUAUAUAUUGGAGUUGAAGAUCCCAUUGGCAAUUGCAAAUUUGGCUUCUCAAUUUGAAGGAAACUAUGUACACCUUUCGACGCAGAAAUUCAGCAGUAAUGUGGUCGAGAAAUGCCUCAAGUUCUUUGGAGAAGAAAGCCGAUCAAGGAUUAUCCAUGAACUGCUGUCGACAUCUCGGUUUGAGCAGUUACUGCAAGACCCAUAUGCAAACUAUGUCAUUCAAUCCGCUCUAGUAGUUUCCAAGGGUCCUCUCCAUGUGUCACUGGUUGAAGUGAUUCGACCUCAUGCAGCGGUUCUACGAACAAGCCCGUACUGCAAGCGGAUUUUCUCGCGGGCCCUUUUGAAGAAGUGACAUGCAUCCUCCACGGUAAGAACCAUGUUGUUGCUCUUGAUGAUUGCUAGCAUAUUACUGUACCGGCCACUGGAUUUUGAGGAUUAAACUUUAAGAGCCUGUUGAUAUCCCAAAGGCAGCUCAAAUGACGAUUUGGGUUGCAUGGAGAUGUGCAUGCACGAGGUUGUAGAGUGUAAAAACUAAGCAAUUUUGGUUUUUUUUUUUUAAUUGCUUUAACUCGUAUGGUUAUCGUCCUUUCAACGUUGUAUUUUCCUGCAGACAUGGUAAUCCAGAAUCUGUUUAUCCUCCUUAUAUAAAAUAUGAAAGGGUCACUGUAUGUGAUUGUACAGUGUAAGAAUUAUGCAGUUUUGCUUCCUAUUGCAUAAGCAAAUGUUGUGAAUGUAUUCAUAUAUUGCUCGUAUUUAAUUACCAUUGUAAGUA